AUGGCUUCUCCUUCUCUUUUUAAUUCUUUCGAGACUUCUGCUGCUGCUGCUACUGCUGCUACUGCUGCUUCUGCUGCUGCUGCUGCUGCCAACUCGCCGCAAAAGGAAUUCAAUUCAAAUAACCCUCCCCUCGAUCUCGACGCACAAGACCCGCAGGGAACUGCAGAGCUGCUGCCGCCGCCGCCUGCAGACCUCUCUGCCGCAGCAGCAGCGGCAGCAGCAGCGGCUGCUGCUGCUGCUGCUGCUACUGCAGCGGACGCAGAGCCGAGCAGCAGCAGCAGCAGCAGCGGAGGACAGCAAACAAGUGAAAACAAUGGAGAGAGCAGCCGCUCUGCCGCCACGCCGCGAGGUGUAUGUACACCCGAGGGCAUGCAACUUCCGCCAGCUUCUUGCAGCAGCAGCGACGCAGACAGAGAAGCAAAUGAAAGAGACAGCAGCAGCAGCAGCAGCAGCAGCAGCAGCAGCAGCAAAGAAGCUUCGGGCCUCGAGAAAGAGACUUCUUUGGAUUUCAAUUUUUCUAAAAAAGAUUCCCCGGGGCCCCUCAGGUGUCCCUCUCGGGUGUCUCAGCUGAAGUUGUUUUUCGAGAGACAAAUAGAUAAGGCCCACACGCACCAGCAGCAACAGCAGCAGCUGCUGCUGCUGCAGCAGGAACACAGGCAGCAGCAGCAGCAGCAGCACCCGCGGCAUGAACACCGUCCUCAGCCGCAGCAAGAACAGCAGCAGCACCCGCAGCAGCAGCAGCAGGAGCCUGACUUGCUGCAGCAGGAGCAGCAGCGGCAGGAGCAGCAGCAGCACGUUUCGGCUUCGCCUGUCGACAGCAGCAGCAGCAGCAGCAGCGGCAGAGCAGCGGCGCGGAAGCUGACAGCAGCAAAACGCAUGCAGCAAAGCAGCAUCGACAUCGCAGCUCGUUAUGGAAAGCCGUACAGGCCCUCGUGUCGAGACACUGCAGCACAGCAGCAGGAGCCGCACAGCCCCGCGGCUGCUGCUGCCGACAGCAGCAGCAGCAGCAGCAGCAGCAGCAGCAGCGAAGAUUCGGGGAAGCGGGCAGCAGAAGUGUUUCAGCCGGGGCGGCGCAGCAGCAGCAGCGGGUUCGAGAAGCGAGGUGUACAUACACCUGAAGCUGCGCCGGAGCUGCUGAGGCCCCACAGCAGAGCAGCAGAAAGCAACAGAAGCAGCAGCGACGGGGACGCCGCUGCUGCCCCCCCAGCAGCAGCAGCAGCAGCAGCAGCAGCAGCAGGGAAGGGCCCGGUGUGCAUGCACGCGUCGCGGGAAAUAGAGCGGCUUGCUGCGCUGGUAGCAGCAGAAGCGAAGAACUACGGAAAGCCAAUUCCCAAAAGACUCCUCACCAAACAGCACCUCCAGCCAGACGCCUGA